GCGGGGCCCAGGAGGGAGGGCGAGAGCGACUCGGACCCGGGACUCCUUCGCCUUGGUCUUGAGACGUCCCCCACCCCCACCCCCGCCUCCUCUGGAUCCUGGGACACCUCCCCUUUGGUCCCGGGACUCCUCCCACUAGGUCUUGAGAGUUCCUCCCACCUCCUCCGGGUCCUGCGACCCUUUUCUUUAGUCCCUCCUCUGUGGUCCCGGGACUCUUCCCACUCUAUCCUGAGACCUUCUCUUCUGGAUCCCGGGACCCUCACCCUUGGUUUUAGGACUCCUGAAUCCCAGGCCCCCAUUUCCACCGUCUGGGGACCCCUUUCUCCCUCACUUGGACUCAGGAGUUCACUGCCUCGGAUUUGGCCUCAUGCGGCGGCGGUUCAGAGAGUCGGGGGCUGCUGUCUGUGAAUUCUUUUUAAAAGCUGCCUGCGGCAAAGGAGGCAUGUGUCCAUUUCGCCACAUCAGCGGCGAGAAGACAGUUGUGUGCAAACACUGGCUACGAGGCCUAUGCAAGAAGGGGGACCAGUGCGAGUUCCUGCAUGAGUAUGACAUGACCAAGAUGCCCGAGUGCUACUUCUACUCCAAGUUUGGAGAGUGCAGCAACAAGGAGUGCCCCUUCCUACACAUAGACCCCGAGUCCAAGAUCAAGGACUGCCCUUGGUACGACCGCGGCUUCUGCAAGCAUGGUCCCCUGUGCAGGCACCGGCACACACGGAGAGUCAUCUGUGUGAAUUACCUCGUGGGAUUCUGCCCGGAGGGCCCCUCAUGUAAAUUCAUGCACCCUCGAUUUGAACUGCCCAUGGGAACCACUGAGCAGCCCCCACUGCCACAGCAGACACAGCCUCCGGCAAAGCAAAGUAACAAUCCGCCAUUACAAAGGUCGUCCUCCUUGAUCCAGUUAACGAGUCAGAACUCUUCUCCCAAUCAGCAGAGAACCCCGCAGGUCAUCGGGGUCAUGCAGAGUCAAAACAGCAGUGCGGGCAACCGGGGACCCCGGCCGCUGGAGCAGGUCACCUGUUACAAGUGUGGCGAGAAAGGACACUACGCCAACAGAUGCACCAAAGGGCACUUGGCCUUUCUCAGUGGACAGUGACAGACAGCAGCUGGAGCCAGCUCUGAGGAGCCCGGGGGCCCCACUGUUGGGAGUGUGCAUUUAACUGUUUCAUGCGCUUGUUGGCGCAACUGUGGCUUGAGCUGGCCCGCAGGCAUGUGGGGUUCAUCGCUCUGAGGGGCCACAUCUGUUAGUUCCAUAUCAUUUUGCCAUACUAUUUUUUGAAAAAGGGACAUGUGCCCCAGCUGGGUCCCUGCAGUCAACAUCAUGUUUGGCUAGACAUCGAUGCCUCCGUUCUGGGACUCCCUAAACACCUGCCUUCAUCAGGGGGAGGAAGCUGCUGGGGAGGGGCUUGUGCCAGGUAGUUCUGUGUGGCGAUGGUCUUUCCCCUCAUUAAACACCAGUUCUUGGUGACCCCGGGGGCUGGCAGGUCAUUCAAAGCUGUGGCCAGCCCACACCUGCUUCCUCCGUGCCCUGCUGAAUCCUAAAGCUGUGCCUAUCAAUGUGAUUUGAACAAGGGAGCCCUUCGGGGCAAAUUCAGGUGCCCCCAUUGCCUCAAGCUAGCCAUGGUCCCAGGUGGCAGUGGUUGAGGGGUGCAGGGCUCUCAAGUCUGAGGUUCUCUUAUCUGGGUUGCUUUUUCUCUUGGGGUACAUGCCUGACAGUGUUUAAGGCAUCCCUUGAGCUGGAGCUGCAGGCCUUUAAAUGGACAACCCCUUCAAAUCAUCUGUGCCUACCUCCUGCCCAUCAAGUGUCUACACUGUCAGACACCUGUGGCAUGUGGAACUGCCCUGUCCCUGAGCCUUGAAAAUGUGAAACUGUCACCUGCAACCUGCUGGGCAAGUGGGCCUGUCCAUGUUCAACUGCAAGAACAAUUUUUAAGAAAUUGAUUAAAGUGCGGGAGGGUGCAGGUAAAAAAAAAAUUGAUUAAAGCUUGUU